AUGGCUGUAGGAAUUGCAGCAUGUCAAAUGGUGUCACGACAAACCGAAAAGCAAUCACAUGGUCAGCUUACAAAGGAACAAAUCGACAAUAUAUACAUGGAACACGUGACAACCAUUUCUAUGCCCAGUCUUACACGGACAAAUGACACCCUAACAGACACACCAUUAAGAAACUGGGUACCUUUUGUCGGACCUGGGAGACAACUUUUGUACAACGGGAUGAAGUAUAAGAAUGGCAGCAUCACAGUGCCCGCCACUGGAGUAUAUGCCGUAUAUAGCCACAUCAAGUUUUACACAGAAAGAAAUAAUCAUGACGAUGCUGAGUCUGAUUUUCAUCAUAAUAUAACACGGUACAGUGCACUGAAGCAAGAGGCAGAAGCAGUAUUGGGGAAUGUCAUCAGCGAGAACAAAAACAGCAUCAUUGAUGGAGCAAGUCUGGAGUACUCCAGUGAUGUUCAUGGACUGGUGCAGCUGGACGCUGGUGAUCAGCUGAUGGUGAAAGUAUCAGGGAUGAAUCCACUGAGACAUGACAGGGACUGGCAUUAUUUUGGAGUAUACAUGACGUGAUGGUUCCCUGAUGGCGAUUUUACAGUUGUCGAGGUUAAGGAGGUUUAAUGAACACGUGCAUGUGAUGUAUACAUUAUAAAUGGAUUCUGGGAAUACACGAAAAUGGCAUAUUGAUAACAAUUUGAAACCAUCAAGCUUUGUGUCGCAAUUAAUACCCUGACACAAACACAAAUGUGAAUAAUUGUGUGUGAGUAGUUUGUAAAAAGGCAAGAACAAUUAAACUUUGGAAGCUAAUAAUGCAUUCCGAGGCAAAUGAUACCUUUAAUGUCUGUCUACCAGCAAAUGUCCUACAUAUAAUUGAGUUCGGCGUGUGUGCAUACACGUUUGUAUGUCAAACUGGCUAUAAGCCGACUCUUUAUUCAUACCUCGUCGUUAGAUGUCCCUCCUUGCUUCGUGUCAAGCACAUUACAUUUUAUAUCAUUUAUAUAUCUUCUACAAUAUAAUACAUGUAUUGUUAGACAGAAUAUUUCAAAUACAUUAUUUUGUGUGUGUAUAAUGUAGCUUUUAAAUAUGUCAGCAUUUGAAACGAAUGUGAAACUUCGGUUUAUGAGAUUCGACAAGUUUGACCAUCAGUAUGUUAUGUAAUGUAUUUCACAGUUUCUCUACUGUCAUCUUAAUCAAUUAAUCAUACUUGGCUGAUAGAACCUAUUACACGCUCAUAGUCAUUAAGAUGCGUUGCACAU